CUCCGCCUUAUAAGAAGCCCCGGGCGCCAGCGGGCAGGGCGGCCCGGGAGGCGGGGACCGGGGCACCGCGGAGUCCAGGACGUCGCGCCCCACCUGUGGCGGCGGAGGCGGCGCGGGGCGUCCGGCCGGGCCGGGAUGGGCCGCUACUCCGGCAAGACGUGCCGCCUGCUCUUCAUGCUCGUGCUCACCGUCGCCUUCUUCGUGGCGGAGCUGGUGUCGGGCUACCUGGGCAACUCCAUCGCGCUUCUCUCCGACUCCUUCAACAUGCUCUCGGACCUGAUCUCGCUGUGCGUGGGGCUGAGCGCCGGCUACAUCGCCCGGCGCCCCCGCGGGGGGCUGGGCGCCACCUACGGCUACGCCCGCGCCGAGGUAGUGGGCGCGCUCAGCAACGCAGUCUUCCUCACCGCGCUUUGCUUCACCAUCUUCGUGGAGGCCGUGCUGCGCUUGGCACGGCCCGAGCGCAUUGAUGACCCUGAACUGGUGCUCAUCGUGGGCGCCCUGGGGCUGGCGGUCAACGUGGUGGGGCUGCUCAUCUUCCAGGACUGCCCCGCCUGGUUCGCCUGCUGUGGGCGCCGCCGCCGCCGACUGCAGCAGCAGCAGCAUCCGCAGCCCGCGGCCGGGGUCGGCAGCCGCGGCGCUUUCGGGGAUCCCCAAGGCUGGCACGCCGGCGCCCUGCCCGCCCCCGGCCGCGACUCUGCCUUGACCCUCCGCGCGUCAUCGGUGGACAGGAAGGAUGAGAAGGGGGCCACAGUGUUCUCAAACGUAGCAGGUGAUUCCCUGAACACCCAGAAUGAGCCAGAAGAGACGAUGAAAAAGGAGAAAAAGUCCGAAGCCCUGAAUAUCAGAGGGGUACUUUUGCAUGUGAUGGGGGAUGCCCUGGGGUCAGUGGUGGUGGUGAUCACGGCCAUCAUAUUCUAUGUGCUUCCCCUGAAACGCGAGGACCCGUGUAACUGGCAGUGCUACAUUGACCCCAGCCUGACUGUCGUCAUGGUCAUCAUCAUUUUAUCAUCUGCCUUCCCACUCAUCAAGGAGACUGCUACCAUUCUGCUGCAGAUGGUCCCCAAAGGUGUCAACAUGGAAGAGCUGAUGAGUAAGCUCUCUGCUGUGCCCGGAAUUAGCAGUCUCCAUGAAGUCCACGUCUGGGAGCUUAUAAGUGGGAAGAUCAUUGCCACUCUGCACAUCAAGUGUCAGCAGGAUGGGGGAGAUCAGGAUGCCAACAGAAAAAUUCGAGAAAUCUUCCACAACGCCGGAAUUCACAAUGUGACCAUCCAGUUUGAGAAGGCAGACCUGAAGGAGCCCCUGGAGCAGAAGGACUUGCAGCUGCUCUGCAGCUCCCCUUGCAUCGCCAAGAGCUGUGCCAAGCAGCUGUGCUGUCCCCCUGGGGCCCUGCCACUGGCCCAUGUCAAUGGCUGUGCGGAGCACAAUGGCUGUCCCCCUCUGGACAUGUCCCAGAGUGAUGUCCUCGGUAGACGACAGACCACCGAAGUGGCUAUUGAAGUAUCUUUGGAAGGUUGUCUGAGUGACCACGGACAAGCUCUUGGCAAACCUCAGGAGGACUCACAUUAUGUCAACAGCACACAUUUUUAAUCUGGUGCCCACAUCAGUAAGAUUAUAUAGACGAGGCACUUUGGAACCACUCGCUUGGCUUGUGGGAAGAACUUUGUGGGCUAUAGGCACUGACCAGUGAGCACGCUCUGUGUUCCGUCAGCAGCUGGUGGUUUGAGAUGCUAGUUGAACUGGUCUGUUAAUUGUUAUGUGACUAAGAACUCCUUUACAUUAUCCUGGGUGUUUCAUGCUGCUCUUCAACAGUUUUGUUUGAACAUUUAUUUUCUGAAGCAAAUGCUCUAGUGUACACAUCAGGGACAUUGAAAGCUGGGACUCAAUGAUCGUGGACGCAGGAUUCAAAGUAGCUUUUUGUUUUAAAUUGACUAGAACGUCUAGCUGACUCUCAGGUGAGCUCAUAGCCAAGUACGUCAAAAAAACUCAAGAACCAUAACAGCUAUAUUCUUUUCCAUUCCACUGGGUGACCAUAAAAGAGAAAAGUUAGGUAAUCCUAUCAUGGCAGAAGUUUUUUUUUCUUUGACUCAUUUUUUAAUGAAUGUAAAAUGAAUACCUGGUAAGGUAGAAAAUAUUCUCAGAACAUUAGAGGAUGUUGAGUUUACUGAGGAUGUGGAAAGGCAGGAAGAAAAUGCAUUUUGAUGAUUUCUUCAUUUCAGGAAGUGGUGAAAAAAAGACUUUCUGCUGUGAACUACAACUAUUCAGUUCAGUUCAGUUCAGUCUCUCAGUUGUGUCCGACUCUUUGUGACCCCAUGGACUGCAGCACGCCAGGCCUCCCUGUCCAUCACCAACUCCCGGAGCCUGCUCAAAUUUAUGUCCAU